GUGUGUGUGUCCGAUGGCCCACAUAGAUUGGCUCAGUCAGUGGCGAUCGCUAAUCACGUAAAGAGUAGAUGAGGCACACAGGGUUUGUUUCCGAUACGCGAGGAAAGAGAAGAACAAAAAGAAAGAACAAAAAACAACAACCCCCAGAACUUUCACUCCGGAAAGUCAACGCUCUUGUACGACUUCCUCAGUUCCUCACAAUAUCGUCACAUGGACACGACACAGUCUCAUUGUGACAGCGUCACACCGUGAUACCGACCGUCACACCGUGAUACCGACCGUCAUACCGUGAUACCGACCGUCACACCGCAAGUGUCAAUGGCUCUUGGAAGAAGUAUAUUAUUAUUAUUGUGUGUUCCCGCAUUGUGCAAGACUUUCCUUCCCUGAACGGCAGUGUACACCACAGACGUGCACUCACAGACAACGGCGCCCCACAGACUGGCGAGAUCAACCAGCACACGAUGUUGUGCUGACUUCUUCAAGAAAGAAACAAGAGCCCGUGACAUGCUCCGCUGAGCAGUUUCAAAACCUGGAGAGUAUCCAUACGCACUGAUCUGCCAAAACUGCACCACCACCCCCCAACCUCUCCCCGGAAAAAAACUCGCCCUUUUCCACCCAACCAUAUUCCCAACUUUCCCCUUCUAUAAUAUCGCGUAACUCUCAGAAGAAGACAGGCUUCACUACAUAUAUCGAUGGGGUCGUAAAACCCCCCACCGACAUUUAAACAAAAAGAGGGGGCUCAUGUCCGCCUGGCGUUCCCGUGCAGCCUACAGUGGGGCCUGUGGGAACACCACCCGCAAGCCGCCCAGCUCAUGACCCCUGGAGGUCAGAGUCGUCUUUCCAGUGUGCGUCUCCUCACCUCCGCCAUGGCUGACCCCACGACCACCGGCCAGGCGCAGGCCAGUCCAGACUGUGGUCACUCACGCACGUGCGGGGAAGUAGCUCACGACCAGAGUCCAGACACGACUCAGGCUGACCAACAACCGCCCACCUGCUGCAGCUCAGACCACGUGACCACCACAUCCUGCAUCAUGUCCCCAAACACAGAGUGUGAUGACAACACCCAGACGUGCAUGGUCGGGGCAAAGGUGACGGGGUUAGAGGGCAUGGAUAUACUGCGGCUCGGUGAGAUCAAUUACUUCCAAUUCUCCAUCUCCCCUGACCUGCUGCGUCAUCAACAGCGGGUGGGUCACUUGACACUGAGGCCCGAUGACGUAAUCACAGUGGGUUUUCCCAGGUCAGGAAACCACUGGACGUUUGAGGUGGUCAACAUGAUCCUCCACCAGAGGGUGGACUUCGAGAAGGAUCACUUCUACUCCCGGCUGCUGGAAUAUCUCGGUGAAAAUAUCCAAGAGAGACUCGACUCCCUGCCCUCCCCGCGCAACAUGACCUCGCACUACCGCCUGCACCACCUGCCGGUCCAGGUGCGUGAGCAAGGGGUCAAGGUCAUCUACGUAAUGCGCAACCCGAAAGACGUGCUGGUGUCCCUGUACAACUUCAGCGUCAGUCUCGCCCACGAGCGGAGCCGCUUCUCCGGAACCUGGUCGCAGUUCCUCGACCUUCAGAUGGCCGGAGAGUUCCCCUGGGGCGCCUGGUGGGACCACGUGAGCGCUGCCGAGGCGUUCAUUGGUCAGUUCCCCGGGUGCCCGGUGCACGUGCUGGUUUACGAACGGCUCAAGCGGGAGCCCGCGGCGGAGAUCGGGCGUCUGUGUCGGUUCUUGGCCCGGCCGGACUCGCUGGCGGAGGAGAUCGCGAGGGCUACGGAGUUCUCGCACAUGAAGGCCGUGCUGAGCAAGACCAAGAUGGCGGAGCAGGGCAGUAAACACUUCAAGAACGGUGCCAGUAGCGUCCUCAGGGCCGGCCAGGUGGGCGGCUGGAGGGACUGGUUCUCCGCGGCCCAGAGCGAGGCUUUCGACCGGUUAUUCCAGGAGAAAAUGUCCGAAUCAAAGUUAGCGGCACUCGUCCGACCGUUUAUGUGACCAGAGUGAACGCUUAGAAUACACCGUGACGGUUAGAAUACAAUGUGACGCUUAGAAUACGCGCUUAGGCGUAGAAUACAGCUUAAAAUACAAUGUGUCGCUAAGAAUACACAGUGACGCUUAGAAUACAAUGUGACGCUUAGAAUAGAAUGUGACGCUUAGAAUAGAAUACAAGGUGACGUUUGGAAUACAAUAUGAACGAUGAGAAUGCUUAGAAUACAAUUUGAAGGAUUAGAACGCUUAGAAUACAAUUUGAACGAUUAGAACACUCAGAAUACAAUGUGAAUGGUUAGAAUACCGCGCGCCCUUUCAGCUGACUCACGGCAUCUCUCGGUUGUUUACAGUCAUAUAUAAAAGAAAUCAUACACCCCAGGCCAGUCCACCUUGCCUGUCAUCAGACGACAUGUGUAUUGCAUGGGGUGUUCAUUUCUACUCAGGUUAAUGUUUACUUGUAUUUAAUUGUGUGCUUCGUGAGGGUUGCCAUCGCUUGCGCAGCUGUAUAAGGUCAUAUGAGCGAUGUUUUAGUGUAGUUUUAGUAAGAAUUUUACAGAGCUCGCAACACAAUAA